AAGUUCUGGGAGGUCUGAAGCACCCUACAGUGAAAGGUGAGUUAAUAAAAUGCACAAAUCCAGUUAUUAACCAAUCACUAUCAAAUCACCUCCCAAAGCAAAACGUUUGUUUGACACUAUUUACUUUUACCUCCAGGUAACCAAUGAGGCUUCUCUUAGUGGAUUCGCUGAUUUGAAUCUGAAGGCACGAUCCGUAAUGACAAUUUUUCUACCUGACUGCCUUCCCGGUUUCACCAGAAUCUAAGCAGUAGUGCAUUCGCCCACAUAAUUACCGGAAAGUCUAGCCAGACAGAUACGUACUUUGCCUCUAGUUCCGAGCUUAUAAGUUAGCUGUAUUAUAUAACCUAUUCUUGAUAUCGUCUAUAGUAAAUUGGAUAUUUUACUAUAUAUCCUCUUCGACAGUCUCGUUAUUGCAAGAUAAAUGGAUGGAUGAUAGAUAGGAGGAGUAAUAAAUACAUCUUCCUGUUUGUGCUCUUCGUUUCGGAAGAAUUAAUGAUAAGAUAGAACUUCGAGUAGAUAUGAUGCUCUGGUUGAAAAAGUGUUCGACGGAGUUAUACUCGUGCCAAAGUUGAUCAAAUGGGUAAUUCGAGUUCUCAUUCCGUACAGUUGGCACAAACUAGAUUAUCUCUGUGCACAGAAGAAACAAAGAAUAAAAGAUAUGCUAGUCCAGAAAACAAAGUUCUUCCACCGCCCAUAUCAGGACAACGGUUAAGGAGCACCGAUAACGGUUCGAUAUUACAUAAUGGAGGCACAAUCAGCGGAAGAAAGAAUAAACUUAAUAUUUCAGAAACAGAUUUAGUCAAAGCAACUAGCAGAAAAUGUGACUCAAAACCAAUUUAUGGGCAUCGAAAAUCACAUAGUGAUCCGGAUAUCAUUCGAAGAAUGAUGGCUUCUUCCGAUAUGGGAGAUCAGGAAAUUGAUAAUCAUAACAAUAGGAAAAGUAUCAUAGCCAUUAGUCCGAGUAAAGCCAAGAUUAAAUCAAGAAAGAAAAUUCGUGCUCCUGAACCUCCGUUAUCUAGUUCUUUACCUAGAGACUUGAAUAGAUUUUCAUUAAAAAAUGACGCUUAUAACGGUAUUUAUGAAAGAAAGAAUAGCGAUUGUUAUCUUCCUUCCAUUCCUCCUCCACCUCCGCCUCCCGAUUACAAUAAUAAAGACGACGAAAAGACAAAAAAUAUUUCAAACUACGAAAAGAAUAGACGUUCUUUAGAUAAGUGGAGAUUAAGCAAAAACGCUAGAGACGAAAAACUAAUUAAUAAAUCUUUCGAUAAAAUGGAUGAAAAUUCUAAAAUGUCUGAAGAGGAUCGAAGUUCUUUAGUUUUAAAAGAAAACGAAGAACGCCCUUGGGAAAAUUUAAAAAAGUAUUAUUUUGCUGAUGUAGAAUGUCUUAAACCGAAUGUAGAAAGGAAAGAACAGACAGAUUCAAAAUCGAAAUCGUAUGUCAGUAGAUCAGAUUCUCCAAGACAUACUAAAGCUAUAGUUUCUAAUACAUACUUAGCUUCUGAUCAAUUAUCUCCCAUAACCAAAGUCGUAAAAUAUACGAAAAAAGAUUUACAACCGUCGUUAUCUGCGGAGAAAUGUAAAACUAAACAAAAAUUAAAUGAUAAACAAAGGUUUUAUAAAUAUAGUAAUGAAGAACCAGAAGAGAGAUUGGAAUCAUCAUCAGCUCUAAGUUGGUCAGAAGAAGAAGACAUAGAUAUCGAUCUUCAACUAAAACCAACCUUACCUAAAAGACUUUCGGAUGUAUCUAGAUUCUCUCCAACAGAAGUAUGGAAGUCCAUUAUUAUAGACCCAAAAUCUAAUAUGGUAUUAGAUCCAAGUAGUGAUGAAGGAGAGAUACUUGAAGAUAAAAUCCAAAGAAUAAGUAAACCAAUUGCACCCAAACGUCAAAUAUCUGAUAGAUGCGAAGAUUCUGGAAUAUCUCCCGAUGAUGAUAGUCCCUUAUUGCAUCGUGAAAGAUCAAGUGGAAAGUUAGAAUGGAGCUUUCCUAUUGAAGAAAAUAUGAAUUCUGCUUGGGUUCCUCAGCAUGAUCUGUUAGAUGAUUCUGAAGGAGAAGAUGCUCCCUGCAAGAAAAGACUGCCACAGAUUAUAAACAUGCAACCUAAAUUCACUUUACCAAACAACAUGUUUACAGGGCAGAAAUAUAAGGAUCAGGAGAGUAGUAGUAGAGAAAGUGAUAAAGUUAGGCAUAGAAAGAAAAAAGAAAACAAAUCUGAUCACUUUAAUAGUUUAAGAAAUUUUAAGAAAGUUCUAGGAUUUCGAGCAAAAUCUUCUGGGAAUCAAAAUGGAUUGGAUGCCAACUGGUCACUCAGUAGAAGUUUACCUGAUUUUGUAAAUGGUUUACAGAUUGCCGACAACAGCAAAGAUUCUCCAAAAAGUCAACGAUCUAUGAAAGAAGAAAAAAUUUGGAGGAACAACUCGACUUCUUUUGUUGCCAAACAGGACCAGAAACAGGAUGAUAAUAGUAGAGAAAAUAUGUUAGACUAUUCUAGAAGAGGGCAUGUUAUGUACCUCCCCGAAUACGAAACUACAGACGUUAAAAGUAAAGAUCAAGAUAAAAAAUCGCUUAACGACAAGCAAAAAUUUGCUUAUAAGAGUACAAUUAGAAAAGUUGAAAGGAAAAUGUUGGAACAGAAAUUAUCUAAAGAGAUAUUAGAAAAAGAAAUGAUGCGAGAGAAAGAAAAAGAAUGGAUGAAGAAAGUCGAAGAAGAAUUUAAAAAACAACGAGAAAGAGAUAAACAGAAAAAGAUAUUAUCCAGUGAAUUCAGAGAAGAUAAACAUUGCCAAAAUAAUCAUAACAGAUGGAAGCACCAAACUGGAAUGGGUAAAUGGCUUCGUCGGAGUACGCAGAGGAUAGAAGUAAGGCCAGAACCCGAAGGAGGACGAUCUUCAGGUGAAGAAAGUAGACAUACAGAGUUAAAUUUUCAUUCAGAACGCCAACAUUCCAAUAUAGAACCAAACAACGAUAGGUUUAUAGAUACUGAUGAUUUAGUAAAAGAGCAAUAUGGAAUUCAUACAGAAAUUCGAAGAACAGGCAGUGGUAGAACUUUUCAAUCCCAUUCGUAUUACAUGAUAGAAAGCCACGAAGAACUGUACGAAGACAUAAAGGAUGCCAAAAUGCAAACAUUAGAUUCAAUAAAAAAUAAAUCUAGACUAAAUUUAUCAUCACAACCAAAUAUGAAUGUGAGGAAAAAAAUUAAAAAGUUUGAGGUCCAUUCUAGAAAAAAGAAAUCUUCUCUAGAUGAUUCUGAAAGUUCAAGCGAAGAAGAACAAAUUGUGUGCGAUAAUAGAAAAAGGAACGAAAGAUGGGACGAUUCGGAAACCUUAGAACAUACAACAGAUUCUCCUAUAGGGUUUUGUCGUAAUCAUCCGUUAAGAAACAAUGCUAGAAUUAAAAAUCAAGGAAGUGGGACGAACAGAAACAAUAAAAUUUCAAUGGGAGAUCGGAGUUUUGUUUCGAAUAAUCAUUGCCCUCCCGAAAUAAGUGGAUACAAUAAGAAAAGAGAUAGAUACUGCCAAAGAAACGAAGUUUAUCAGUUGAUAUGAUAUAACAUCUGCAAAUCAACUUUGAAUAUAGUCAAGUUAUUAAAAGAAUACAAGUUGCCAUUUUACUGUUUAUUUAAUGGAGAAUAUUGUUAUAUUGCUCAAUAUUUUUCGAUUACUUGUAAUUUAUCUCAGGUAUUAAUAUAUGUAAUUCUAGAAUAAUAUAUAGGCCUACAUGGAAGGUAUUUGGAUUCAGCACUAAUGUUUUACUAAACUUAAUAUUUUAAUUUGGAACAAUCGACAUCAUUAUACAAAACUUCUGUACAGUAUUACGUCAAGAAAAUGUACACCUAAUUGUUAAAUAUAUAUUUUUUUUUUCAUAGACAAAAUUGGCCAAUUAUUUAGGUUCCUAAACGUGUAAUAUGUUGGUUAAAUGUAGUUUUAUUUUUAUAAAACAA